AUGUCUACUGAUGAGGACGCCAGGUGCACGUCUAUUGAUGUGGACGCCAGGUGCACGUCCAUUGAUGAGGACGCCAAUUGCACGUCCAUUGAUGAGGACGCCAGGUGCACGUCUAUUGAUGAGGACGCCAGGUGCACGUCCAUUGAUGAGGACGCCAGGUGCACGUCCACUGAUAAGGACGUCAGGAGCACGUCAACUGAUGUGGACGCAAGCAGCACGUCCACUGAUGAGGACGCAAGCAGCACGUCCACUGAUGAGGACGCAAGCAGCACGUCCACUGAUGAGGACGCCAGGAGCACGUCCACUGAUGUGGACGCAAGCAGCACGUCCACUGAUGAGGACGCAAGCAGCACGUCACUGAUGAGGACGCCAGGUGCACGUCCACUGAUGAGGAAGCCAAGAGCAUGUCCAUUGAUGAGGACGCCAGCAGCACGUCGAUGA